UUGGGCAGCACUUGUAGUCUGCGGGCCUCCCCAGGGGCAGCCCCAGGGUGGGUGCUGGGCAGGGUGGUGGCCCAGCUUGGCACUGCAGCUUCCUGCCUGGGUUGGCUCCUGACUCUAGAGCUCGAGGCUCAGGAAAUCCUACGAGGGCCUGAUCUGCAGAGACACUCCCUUACCCAGCCGAGGGGCAGUGGAUGAGAGGCCCCGUGGCCCCGGCUCCCAGGCAGCAUCAAUCAGCUCGCCCUGCUGGCCAGUGCCCAGCGGGGUGGGUGUGCCCAGCUCGGCAGAUGAGCCGGUCCUUCUUGCUGGAGCCGCUGGGAGGGCAGCAGACCCCUGGGGGCAGUGGGAAGCCCAGUAUUGCCUAACUGGACCACAUUGCUCGGGACCGCAGGCAGCGGGGGAGGCCCCUCUCCUCUGAAGACCCUGGCCCCACCUCGGCCAGCUGCCCCGCCCCCCACCAGCCAACUACUUGAAAGUCUGAGGUGGUGCCACCCCUUUCUGUGCUGUCACUUCUGUUCCUAGAGCAGGGAGGAAGUACCUUCUGCUGUCGGUUUGGGGGACAGGAAGCAAGUAUGGCGCUGACAGUGGAUGUGGUGGGGCCGGCGCCCUGGGGCUUCCGCAUCUCCGGAGGCAGGGAUUUCCACAUGCCUAUCACAGUGACCAAGGUCACCGAGCGGAGCAAGGCUGAGGCUGCUGACCUCCGGCCUGGUGACAUUAUUGUGGCCAUCAACGGGGAGAGUGCGAAGGGCAUGCUUCAUGCCGAGGCCCAGAGCAAGAUUCGCCAGAGUCCCUCACCCCUGAGGCUGCAGCUGGACCGGUCUCGGGCUGCCUCUCCUGGGCAGACCAAUGGGGAAAGCUCCAUGGAGGUGUUGGCUACUCGCUUUCAGGGCUCCCGGAGGGGGCACACUGACAGCCAGUCCUCCCUGCGGUCUUCCUGCUCCAGCCAGGCUUCCCUCAGCCCCCGGCCGAGCAGCCCCUUCUCCACCCUGCCCCCAACCAGCCCGCACACCCCCGCUGGAGAGGUGGUGACCAGCCACAGUCUCCAGAGCCUGGCACACUCGCCGGGACCCGCCACGGCUGACCACUUGUCCUACGGGGGCCGCCCCGGAAGCCGACAGGCCGGCGACUGGGCUGUGCUGGUGCUGCCGCCACAGCCUUCCCCAGGUCCCCGUUCCUCCAGCCCCAGGCUCAGCGUGGCCUCGGAAGGGGAAAGCCACCUCCUGAGAGAGGACUCCGAAGUCUUCAAGAUGCUGCAAGAAAAUCGGGAGGCCCGGGUGGCCCCCCGGCAGUCCAGCUCCUUUCGGCUUUUGCAGGAAGCCCUGGAGGCUGAGGAGAGAGGUGGCACGCCUGCUUUCCUGCCCAGCCCACUGAGCCCCCAGUCCUCCCUGCCCACCUCCAGGGUGCUGGCCACCCCACCCAAGCUCCACACGUGUGAGAAGUGCAGCACCAGCAUCGCGAACCAGGCUGUGCGCAUCCAGGAGGGGCGGUACCGCCAUCCCGGCUGCUACACCUGUGCCGACUGCGGGCUGAACUUAAAGAUGCGUGGGCACUUCUGGGUGGGGGACGAGCUGUACUGCGAGAAGCACGCCCGCCAGCGCUACUCUGCACCCUCCACCCUCAACUCCCAAGCCUGAGCGCCAGUUGCGUGUUCAGAACCCCUCCAACCCUGCCCCACCGCCCUCUGCUCGCACCUCCGUGCCAGGGCCCAGCCAAUAGCGAGUUCCCAUGGAAAGGCCUUGCGGGGUGGGGUGGGUCCCUUUCUCCUCACUGAGUGAGGCCAGAGGCUGGGACCUGUCUGUGCUGUGGGCGAGGGCGGCCUCACCUCACCUCUGCUGGAUUCUCUCACGUCCCCCUGCUGGACAGGCUCUGCACCAAAGUCUGAAGUGGAUGCUGCAUUGGACAUGUUUGUGCAACAGGAGUUAAGCAGGUUCGGACAUGGAGAUAAGCAUCUAGAAGGAGAGGGGUGGGCCAGAGGCUACAGGUAUUCACGGUGUAAUGUUUUCGACGUAUGAGCUCUAUAAAUAUAUACUAUUCAGUGGACAAAGUAAA